UGCUGUGUGACCUGGCCCCACUUGGGAAGCUCUGGUUUGGGGACUGCAGGACCACCCGGAAGGACACGCCACAAAGAUGAUGAAGACUGCGCCUCACCCCUGACCUCUGUAGCACCUCCGGGGCUUUGGGCCCAUUCCUUCUUUGCGGUCAUGCCACCCUGGCCCAAGAAGAGCUUGGUUAAGAGAGAGUUCCCUGUAGCCCACCGCCUGUAUGGAGAUGCCUCUAGUGAGCUUCAAGGAACUUCUGAGACCGGAGUAACUUUUCAGAAAUGUGCACUGGUGUCGGGGCCAGGCCAGCCGCAGACCCUGCACGUGCAGCUGAUUGUGAACAACACCAGGACACGCGUGUCCACCAACCUCUCGGACCUGCUGCUCCUGGACGCCAUCGCCGGUCUCACCGUCAGGGAGUCCGUCGGAAACAAGACUGAGGAUGGAUUCCAGACUUUCCAGAAGAGGUUUCUGCACGUGGGAGACGCGUACUUGGUCAGCUACACGGCCUCGCUGGACUCCGGAGCCCUUGGGACUGGGGAGAGCCUGAGUCUUCCUGCGUGGCUCACCUUCCAGGGCUUGUCACCGAACAGAACCGAGCUCCGAGCCCACAUCACCCUCACAGCAGAGGAGGAGGUUCUUCCCAGCCACGGGCUCCACGCUGUGGGCUUCGUGGCCGCCUUCGUCCUGUCCCUCGUGCUGAGCUGGGCGGCACUUGCGAUCCUGGCGCGGUGCCGGUGUCUGCAGGGAAGCGCGCUGGCCAGGCGUCUGGACCAGCAUCUCGAGAACAGGGUGGAGCCCUCGCCGUUUGCCUUGGCCGACGGUGUGAGCGAGGACCUGUCCCUUAACGACCAGCUGGUGGACAUCUUGGCCUCGGAAGACCCCGGGAGCAUGCUUCAGGCCUUGGAGGAGUUGGAGAUUGCGACCCUGAAUCGAGCGGAUGCAGACCUAGAGGCCUGCCGAACCCAGAUCAGCAAGGAUGUCAUUGUUCUUCUGCUGAAGACUCUGACCAGCCACGGCCACCUCAGCCCCCAGGCGGAGAGGAGGAUGGGCGCUGCUUUCAGAAAGCAGUUUCUGCUGCUGGAAAAUGAGAUUCGGGAGGAGCAUGAUCGGAAGAUGUUGGCCUUGGCCGCCGAGUGCGACCUGGACGCGAGGAAGAAGACAGAGAACCAGUAUCAGAGGGAGCUGGCGGCCAUGGAGGAAGCAGAAGAGCUGCUGAAGCAGGUUAAUGAGAGGUCCGCCGCCGCCGAGUGCAGCAGCCUCCUGCGGAGCCUGCACAGCCUGGAGCAGGAGCACCUGACCCGGUCCCUGGCUCUGGACCAGGAGGAGGACUUGGCGCGGGCGCACAGGCAGCUGGCCGUGUUCCGGAGGAGCGAGCUACAGAGUCUCUUCUUCACCCAGAUGAGAAGUGCGGUCUGCCAAGGGGAGCUGAAGCCAGAGGCGGCUGAAAUCCUGCUGCACGAUUACUCUGCGGUCCAGGAGCGUGUGGAGGAGUUAAUGGACUUCCUCCAGGCCGCCAAGAGGUACCAGCUCAGUAAGAGGUUUGGCCACCGGGAGUACCUGGUCCAGAGCCUGCAGUCCACCGAGACCCGAGUGCAAGGCCUUGUGAACGCGGCGGCCGCCCAGCUCACGCUCCUCAUCCAGAGGCACGAGAGGGCGGGCUACUUGGAUGACGAUCAGAUGGAGCUGCUGUUGGAACGGGCUCAGACAGAAGUCUUCUCCAUAAAGCAGAAACUGGAGAACGACUUGAAGCAGGAGAAGAAAAAGCUCCGCCAAAAGCUAAUAAUGAAGAGGCGGCGAGAGUUGCUGCAAAAGCACCGGGAGCAGCGCCGGGAGCAGACGGGCCUGGGCGCGGCCUCCCGAGCCGCGGAGGCCCCCGGGCAGUACCUGCUCCGCUGGAGGAGCGUGCUGGCGGAGCAGGGCGCCGCCCUGGAGGAGCUGCAGGAGCGCCUGGACGCCGCGGCCCUGGACGAGCUCCGGGCCCUCACCCUGGCGCUGGCGGCCAAGGCCACGGAGGAGCUGCGGCGGCUGCAGAGCUCGGGCACCGCGCCGGAGCUGCUCAAGCGCAGCGCGCCCCGGCCGUUCCUGCAGCAGAUCCUGGAGGAGCACGGGCGGGAGGCCGAGGCCCGCGCCUCGCAGCUGGAGGCCGAGGACCGCGAGCGCGGCCAGGAGGGCGUGCGGGGCGUGAAGCAGAGGCUGCGGCUCGACGCGCCCGAGGCCCGCACGCAGGAGCAGGCGGAGCUGAGGCGCUGGGGCCGCCUGGUCUUCGCGAAGCUGUGCGGCGCGGCCUUCGCCAUGUCCGAAGAGGAGUGGUUCAGGGUGCGGCAGGAGGCCCACGCCUGCUUCUCCCAGAUGGAUCGAAGCCUGGCCCUGCCCAAAAUCCGGGCGCGGGUGCUGCAGCAGCGACUCCAGGCAGCCUGGCGAGAAGCAGAGUUCCUGAAACUGGACCAGGCCCUGUCUGCCCCCGAGCUGCAGUCCAAAGCCAGAAAGCCGCGGUCCAGGAACAGAAGCAAGGCGGACCUCCUGAAGAAAUGCAUCGAAGACAAGAUCCGCCUCUUCGAGGAGCAGGGCCCCGAAGACCUGGGGGAGAAGGUGCGGGGGGAAUUGCUGCGCGAGAGGGUGCAGCGGCUGGAGGCCCAGGAGGCGCGCUUCGCGGAAUCGCUCGUGGCUCUGCAGUUCCAGAAGGCGGCGCGGGCCACGGAGACCCUGUGGGCCUACGCUGCCCUGCUCAGCAUCCAGGACCUGCUGCUGGAGGAGCUGAGAGAGUCGGAGACGCUGACCCAGUCGGCCUGCAGCCAGAUCCUGGAGUCUCCCGGCCUAGAGCUGCAGGAACUGGAGCGGAAGCUGGAGGAGCAGCUGGCCAGGCAGGAAGAGGCCCAGCAGCGGCAGUGGGGGGCCGAGGGGCCCGGACUUCUGAAGGAGUCUGGGGAGGUGGACCCUGAAAGGCAGAUCUCUGUCAUCCUGCAGCAGGCCCUGGGCAAGGGCCAGAAGCUUCUGGAGCACCACCAGCAGAGGGUGAGGGAGCAGCAGCGGGACGGCGCCAUGCUGGAGGACGCGCUGGAGAGGCUGGAGAGCGACACCCUGACCACCCUGUGCGGCCAGGAGCUGCGGCUGGCGGCGUACCUCGCGAGGAUGACCAUGGUCCCCGGGGCCCUGCUGUGCCGGCUCCUCAGCCUGGCGCUGCCCACGGCCUCCGGGUCGCCGCUGCUGGGCCUGCUGGACUCGGCCGCCGACAGACACGGGGACCACGCUGCGGAGAGCGAGGCCGACCCGGGCAGGAGGAGGAAACACCAGGAGUGGUGGCAAGACUUGGAACGCAAGCUGCGCGCGGACCUGGUGAGCAGAGGCCUGGGAAGGAUGCUGUGGGCUCGCCAGAGGAAGGAGAGCCUCCUGAAGAAGACGUGUCUCCCCGUCAGAGAGAGGGCGGCGUUCUCUGGAAAAGGAAGCUGGCCCCACCUGCCCCUGGAGCCCGUCGGGGAGCCAGCACCCAUCCCCAUCACGGGGGCCGAAACGAUGGACGUCUUCAACACCGGUGAAAAGCUCUUCAUCUUCAGAAGCCCCAGGGAACCCGACAUCUCGUUGCAUGUCCCCACCAGGAGGAAAAAGAACUUCCUGAACAGCAAAAAGGCCAGCAGGGCCUUGGACCAUCCCGGAAGGGGUCCAAAGCGAUGAGCAUAUGGUAUAUUCUCCUGAGGCACGUGAGUGUGUGUGUGUGCGUGUGUGUGUGUGCAUGUGCGCACGCGCAUUUGUGAUUGGAUGCUGCCAUUGGAAUCUAUGAAUUGCACUUGGAAGAAGACACCGGUGUCCACGCGCGCAGGCUCCUGAGGACGCCAUUGAGUCCGGCCUUGUGAAUUCGAGGCUGCUCUUCUCUGUGUCACACGGGGGUGAACGUUGACCUUGCACACUCGCACAUCACAAGGAGCUGAGGAGACCCCGGCCCUGCCACGCCCCACUGCCCAGCUGUACGACACCAGCUCUGCGUGCUUUUACAUCCUGUGUGUGUUACACGUUCUGUUUUUACAAAGGGAACUUAAAAAUAAAUAAAUAUAUGUGACACAUAGCCCUU